AUGUUGGCAAAGUCGGGUAGUCAUGACGCUGCCAAGUCGCAGCAUGUUGACAGCGCUGUUCAGUGUUCCAAAGACCCAGCCGAUGAGCACACAGACCACUUGUACUCUGGAAACGCGACUCUAGCCCAAGCAGGCAGUGAACAUGAGCACUCUCUGACAGUCUUGGAAGCCCUUCGAGGAUAUCCCAAGGCUAUUUUUUGGUCGCUGGUAAUCUCGAUGGCCAUCAUCAUGGAAGGUUAUGCAACGGCAUUGGUUGGUAACUUAUAUGCUUAUCCUACCUAUGCUAAGCAAUUUGGAACACGAAUCAGCGGCUCGGACAAUUAUCAAAUUGAAGCACGCUGGCAAAGCGCUAUGGGCAGUGGACCUCAGGGCGGCGCUUUUGUCGGUGCUUUCUUGAAUGGCUGGAUCGUCCACCGAUACGGUUACAAGCCUGCGUUCAGCUUGGCGAUUCUGUUGAUGACAUGCUUUAUUUGCAUCUCCUUUUUUGGCUUCUCAAUCGAGAAGCAAGCGGUUGGCCAAGUCCUGUGCGGCAUUCCUUGGGGCAUGAUAGCCACCAUCGGUCCAGCUUAUGCAUCUGAGAUCUGCCCACUGAAAAUCCGACCUUUCCUGACUGCCUACGUGAACAUGUGUUGGACAAUUGGUCAAUUUAUCAGUGCUGGUGUGCUCAAAAGCUUUAUCGAUCGUACCGAUGAAUGGGCGUGGCGAAUUCCCUUUGGACUCCAGUGGAUGUGGAUGCCUGCUCUUGCAGUUGCAGCAGUCUUCAUGCCCGAGUCUCCAUGGCAUCUGAUCAGAAAAGGCAGAUACUCGGAAGCCGAACAGGUCGUGCAGAAAAGACUAAUGUCAAAACAAGAACAGUCGCACGCGCCAGCACUCGUUGCCCUCAUGAUACAUACGAACAAGCUCGAAGAGGACAUCUCCGCCGGGACAUCCUAUCUAGACUGCUUCCGCGGAACUGACCUUCGCCGGACUGAGGUCGCUUGUGUUGUCUUCAUAGGUCAAGUCACAUGUGGCGCUCAGUUCGCCUAUUCGGCUACAUACUUCUUCCAGCAGGCCGGUUUGAACCCGGAUAAUGCCUAUGCACUAAACCUAGGCGCCACUGCCAUAGGUUUUGUCUGCAGUGGGGUUGUCUGGUUUCUUCUGAAUCGCGUGGGCCGCCGCAGACUCUAUAUCACGGGCAUGUCACUGGAAGCCUUGUGGCUUUUCAUCAUCGGCAUGCUCACCUUUUCCAAGAGUCCUAGCGCCAAAUGGGUGCAGGCAGCCCUCUGUCUGGUAUGGCUAGGAACGUUUCAUCUUUCGCUUGGUCCUGUCGGUUGGGUAAUACCCGCCGAAGUAUCUUCAACGCGGCUCCGAUCAAAGACUGUUGUUUUGGCAAGGAAUGCGUACUACCUCGUCAUUUGUGUCGCCAACACAAUUCAGCCUUAUAUGAUGAAUCCCGCUGCAUGGAAUUGGAAGGGGAAAGCAGGAUUCUUCUGGUUUGGGUUUGCUUUCCUCACUGCAGUAUGGGCUUUCUUUCGUAUGCCUGAGACAAGGCUUAGAACAUACAACGAACUCGACCUGAUGUUUGAAGCCAAGUUGCCAACUAGGAAGUUCCGCAAUCAUGUUAUUAAUCGUUUGGAGAUUGAAGAUAGUCCGGAUGUUAAAGCUUGA